CGCCCGCGGCUCCCGUGGCCACGGGCCCCGCCUCCACGGGGCGGGAGCUGCUCGGCUGAAGGCUCCGUGCAGGUCGCGGGCGAGCAGGGGAGGGUCUCUGGUUCUCUGAGGGCCAGGCGGCGGUUGCGGCUCCGUGAGGGAGGGUCGGGCCGAGGCUGAGCCGGGUCCCGGUGCCCGCAAUCCUGCCGCCGCGGGUCUCGGUGCGGCGCAGCCUGAGGGUAAGCUGGCCCAGGGCGGGCUCCUGCGGAGGGAGAAGCUCAGAGAGGCGCCACAGCGAGAGGGCACGCGAGACCCCGCAGGUCGGGGGGCGCGGGGCAGCCGCGUCCCGCCCCGGGCGUGAGGAGAGGCAGCGGCCAACGGCGGGGCCAGGACUUGCGAGACCCGUAACCGGCGCGAAUGACCCCCUGCGGGCGGCCGGGGGCUGCGGGCUGGGACGGAUCCAUGAACAACAGGUGAGCCCUCUGCUGAGGGAAGGAACACUCUCUGCUCCCAGGUCAGGGAAACAUGUCCCGUCGGAAACAGACCACUCCUAACAAAGUUCACUGGGCUGGACUCACCUCAGUGGGUACGAGAGGCUGGCGUUGCAGGGUAGGCAAGCAGAGAGACUUAAAUGCUUUCUGGGAGGUGACUUCAGAGGUUCUGCAUAGUGCAGGGGAGCAAGUCUUUGCAGGGCUGGAGGAGCAAGCCCGCCAAGCCAUGAUGAAAACCAACUUUCCUGGAGCUCUUGGGGACCAAAGGCCAGCCAUUCAUCCACUGCAAGACCCCGACUCCAGCAGCAGUGGCAGUGAUGAUGAGGAAACCACGCAGGAUGAAGUUUCUUCGCAUACAUCUGAGGAGGAUGGCUCAGUGGUGAAAGUGAAGAAAGAGUUAGAGAAUGCUGAACGACCUGUGGCUGAAGCCCCACUGAUGAGAGAAAAUGAGGUGCCUGAGAGUUUGAAUGCUGACCCUAUGCUGGGACUGUCACAGUGCCCCCUCUGCCAGCUGGAGUGCGGAGGCAGAGAGCAGCUCAUUGCUCACGUGUACCAGCACAGUGCGGCGGUGGUGAGCGCCAAGAGCUACAUGUGUCCUGUGUGUGGCAGAGCCCUCAGCUCACCGGGGUCCCUUGGGCGACAUCUCCUGAUCCACUCAGAGGACCAGCUGUCCAACUGUGCGGUGUGCGGGGCACGCUUCACCAGCCACGCCACGUUCAACAGUGCAAAGCUGCCAGAGGUGCUCAGCGCCGAUCGGCUGCCGGCUCCACAGAGCCAGUGCCCCUCCAGUGCUGAGGGGAAGGACGUUGCCUUUCACCCCACCGUGUACCCUGCAGCCAUCCUGCUGGUGUGCAACAACUGCACGGUGUACCGUAGGCUGCUGGAGGCACAGGCACCCAGCAUGCGCAAAUGGGCUCUGCGGCGGCAGAACGAGCCCCUGGAGGUGCGGCUGCAGCGGCUGGAGCGUGAGCGCACGGCCAAGAAGAGCCGGCGAGACAAUGAGACACCCGAAGAGCGGGAAGUGAGGCGCAUGCGGGAUCGGGAAGCCAAGCGCCUGCAGCGCAUGCAGGAGACAGACGAGCAGCGGGCGCGGCGGCUGCAGAGGGACCGGGAAGCCAUGAGACUGAAACGCGCCAACGAGACCCCAGAGAAACGCCAGGCCCGGCUCAUCCGGGAGCGCGAGGCCAAGAGGCUCAAGCGGCGCCUGGAGAAAAUGGACAUGAUGCUCCGGGCACAGUUUGGCCAAGAUCCCUCUGCAAUGGCUGCUUUGGCAGCUGAAAUGAACUUCUUCCAGCUACCGGUGAGCAGUGUGGAGCUGGAGAGCCAGCUGCUGGGCAAAAUGACCUUUGAGGAGCAGAGCAACAGUGCGCUGCAUUAAACUACAGUCAAGGACUGUGCCACCUCUGCUGCAUGGGCACACGUGCAUUGGCAGCUUCUCCACUCAGAAGGCUGCUGUGCAUCCCUGGCUGAUGCCCUGACAGACAGUUCUGGUUUUCUCCUGAACACAGGAGGGGAACAGAGCUGAGAGGUGCCUGCCAAAGUAUCCCUGGUGGGAGCAAAUUCCGAGGAUACACUCUGCUCUGGGGGCCAAGUCACUGCCUGUGAACAGAGCGAAAAUAAAUUAAUGCUCAUGUUUAUUUA